CCUGGCCCCCACAGAAGUCAUCCCGGGCUCUUUUUUGCCUGCAGGGAGCAUUGCCCUCCCAGGACUCACUGUCUCCUAAGACCCCUUUUCCAAUCAGGAUUGCGUUUUCUGCUCCCUCCUCAUGCCCCUCCUGCCCUUGCAGUGACGGCACCUCUGAGGAGCAGCACCGACGUUUCUAGGUUUCCGUGAGUUAUUCCUCCCCUCCAGGUUCCUCCCGUUGCGCUGUGGCAGGGCAGAGGAGACAGACAGAGGCUGAGCUGCAGAGCCUGAGCCGUGCAAACUGCUAUCAAGAGGCCGAUAAAUAUCACUGCAAAAAGUUGGACUGUUAUUCCACUGGUUUGCUCUGUGAUUCUGCAUCUUCGGGAAAUUAAACCUCGCCAGGAUCAUCCUGAGGCCCUGGGGAGGCAAAGCGAAGGAGCGUUGUGGAACUGUGCUGGGCUGGACUGAGUUGCUGAGAGGUUUGUGGCAGCAGAGCAAGACUCCCUGCCUGGAGACACAUCUCGCCUGAGCAUGGCUGAAGGUCCUGGGAACUGGAGAGACUUCACCCCAGCCAGGGGCGACAGCGAGGUGACCAAAGGGGCCACGGCAAGUCUCCUGGGAACAGCGGAUGCAGAAAGCGCUGGGCAAGCACAGUAUUCAGGCCUCCGCAGCGCAGAUCCUGCCUGGGAGGAGAUGAGAGGGGCCCAGGCUGUGGCGGAGGUGGAGACGCAGUUCCUGCACUUGGCCAUCAGAAAGCAGGUCUCUUACAGAAAAGCUAUUGCCAAAUCCAGCCUCCAGCACAUGGUAGCCCAGCCAAACCCUGCGCUAGCCCUGAGGAGCGAUUCAGAGAGGCAGAUACGCAGCACUGUGGACUGGAGCGAGACUGCAGUCUAUGGGGAGCACAUCUGGUUUGAGACCAAUGCCUCUGGGGAUUUCUGCUAUGUUGGGGAGCAAAACUGUAUGGCAAAGCUGCUGCAGAAACCGCUCUCCAGGCGUAAGUGUGCAGCCUGCAAGAUUGUCGUGCAUACACCCUGCAUAGAACAGCUAGAGAAAAUAAAUUUCCGCUGCAAACCUUCCUUCAGGGAGUCAGGAUCCCGGAACGUACGGGAGCCAAUAGUUGUCCGACAUCACUGGGUGCACCGGAGACGGCAGGAAGGGAAAUGCCGGCAGUGUGGCAAGGGUUUCCAGCAGAAAUUUGCCUUCCACAGUAAAGAGAUUGUAGCCAUCAGCUGUUCCUGGUGCAAGCAAGCGUAUCACAGCAAAGUGUCAUGUUUCAUGCUGCAACACAUAGAAGAGCCCUGUUCGCUAGGGGCUCACGCUGCUGUUGUUGUUCCUCCUACCUGGAUUGUGCGGGUCCGACGGCCCCAGAAUCCAUUGAAGUCUAGUAAGAAGAAGAAGAGGGCAUCAUUCAAGCGGAAAUCCAGCAAAAAGGGGGCUGAGGAGGGGAGGUGGAAACCCUUUGUCAUCAAGCCUAUGCCAGCUCCUCUCAUGAAGCCCUUGCUGGUGUUUGUGAACCCCAAGAGCGGUGGUAAUCAGGGAGCAAAGAUCAUCCAAUCCUUCAUGUGGUAUCUCAACCCACGGCAGGUUUUCGACCUCAGCCAGGGUGGACCCAAGGAGGCGCUGGAGCUGUACCGGAAGGUCCACAACCUACGGAUCCUGGCGUGUGGAGGAGAUGGCACGGUGGGCUGGAUACUGUCCAUUCUCGACCAGUUACGCCUCAACCCACCUCCUCCUGUGGCCAUCCUACCUUUGGGGACAGGGAAUGACUUGGCCAGGACACUGAACUGGGGUGGGGGUUACACAGAUGAGCCUCUGUCCAAGAUCCUGUCACACGUGGAAGAUGGGAACAUUGUGCAGCUCGAUCGCUGGAACCUCCAUGUGGAACCAAACCCUGACGCAAACCCUGAGGAGAAGGAUGAGGCGGCCACAGACAAGCUUCCCUUGGAUGUUUUUAAUAACUACUUCAGCCUUGGCUUUGACGCACGGGUGACGCUGGAGUUUCACGAGUCCCGAGAGGCAAAUCCAGAGAAAUUCAACAGCCGGUUUCGGAAUAAAAUGUUCUAUGCUGGGACGGCUUUCUCUGACUUCCUCAUGGGGAGCUCCAAAGAUUUAGCGAAGCACGUCAAAUUGGUUUGUGAUGGGACAGACCUGACCUCCAAGAUCCAGGACCUGAAGCCCCAAUGCCUGGUCUUCCUCAACAUUCCCAGAUACUGUGCAGGCACUAUGCCCUGGGGCAACCCUGGGGAGCACCACGACUUCGAGCCGCAGCGCCAUGACGACGGCUGCAUUGAAGUCAUUGGCUUCACCAUGACAUCCCUGGCUGCCUUGCAGGUGGGUGGCCAUGGGGAGCGGCUGUGCCAGUGCCGGCAGGUGGUUCUCACCACAUCCAAGGCCAUCCCCAUGCAGGUAGACGGGGAGCCCUGCAAGCUGGCAGCUUCCUGCAUCCACAUUUCCCUGCGCAACCAGGCCAACAUGGUGCAGAAGACCAAACGGCGCAACUCCAUGCCUCUGCUCAAUGACCAGCAGCCAGUGCCUGAGCGACUGCGAAUCCGUGUGAGCCGAAUCAGCAUGCACGACUAUGAGGCACUGCACUACGAUAAGGAAAAGCUCAAGGAAGCCUCUGUGCCACUGGGGAUCAUUGUGGUUCCAGGAGACAGUGACCUGGAGUUGUGCCGGACCCAAAUUGAGAGGCUGCAGGAGGAUUUCCCUCCACAGCCCUCUGCUUUACAGCGCCUGCUCUUUCAGGAAGGGGAUGGAGCCAAACCAAAGACUCUGUCAUCCCAGAAGCUGUCCCCCAAGUGGUGCUUCCUGGACUCAACCACAGCUGAUCGUUUUUAUAGGAUAGACCGUGCACAGGAGCACCUCAACUAUGUGACAGAGAUCUCUCAGGACGAGCUCUAUGUGCUGGACCCAGAGCUGGUGAUCACCCAGACUGUGGGCACCUCUCCUGCCAUGCCUGACCUUGUUGACUCAUCCUCCGCUCCCACUGGGCACCAUUUUACAUUCCCAUCCUCUUCCUCUUCUCCACCCUCCUCUCCUGCCCCCAGUGCUGAGGCUGGGCUCUGCCUCCCUCAUAAAGAUGACCUUCUGAUAGAAGCUGCCAAGAGUGGCAACUUCAGCCAGUUCCAGGAGCUGCACCGGGCUGGAAGAGACCUGAUGGUGCGAGACUCCUCAGGCCAGACCGUCCUCCACCAUGCCGUCAAAUCAGGGAGCAAGGAUAUUGUGAAAUACAUCAUUGAGAACGCCCCUUCAGAUAUCCUGGAUGCCACAGAAGAAAAGUAUGGCGAAACCAGUUUGCACCAGGCUGCAACCUUACGCCAGCGCACUAUCUGCCACUACAUUGUGGAGGCUGGGGCUUCGCUCAUGAAGACAGACCUGCAGGGAGACACCCCCAAACACAGGGCUGAGAAGGCCAAUGACCCCGACUUGGCUGCCUACCUCGAGAACCGACAGCACUACCAGAUGAUCCAGCGGGAGGACCAGGAGACAGCUGUGUAGUGCUCAGCGUGCCUUAGCCCAAGCCAGCUCGGGCAAGACAAGAAGAGGAUGGCAACUGGCACAGCUGUGAGUCUGGCCCAGCCCUCCCUAGAUCUUGCCUGGUCCCGGAGGAGAUGGAGACAGCAGAGCUCUGCCCUAGGCUGGGCUGGGACUCUAUUUAUUAGGACAGUGGGUGUUUGGGAUUUGAAGCCUGGCUCUUUGUGUGUCCCUACUUUGUUCUUCCUCCACCAUGUUCCCUGCUGUGGAUGGGCUCCCUCCUACCGGGCCUGUUGCAGCAGGCAAGGAUGAAACCCUCUGUCUCCCUUGCACAUGGGAGUGAUGCUGGUCUCCCCAUAGGCUCUUGCCUGUAAUCCUUGUGGGAUGUUGCUGCUUGGACCCCUCUCCCAGGCGAUGUUCUGCCUUCUGUUGGACAUUUUGCUAGGCCCAUAUCCAGUUCCUCCUGUCCUUCCCAGCACAGCCGCAGGAGGCACAGGCAGUGCUGGGCAGGCUGCAGGAUGGCCCGCGUGGGGUCUGUGAGCCUGAGACUUUGGCCGAAGAGAAGCACCAUGACUCUUAUUCCUCUUCCCUCCUGUUGGUCUGGGACUGCCCUGGGUCUCUGUGUUGCCCUAGUGGGGCCCUUUUGUGGCAGGAGGAUGUCCCGUGACAUGUUUGAGGACGUGCACCCAACCUUUCCCCAGAGCAGCUGGGGCUGAGCACUGGGGCUGCCCUUUUUCCAGCCACUGCCUUUCUGGUUGCUUUUAGUGUUGUUUCCAGUGCUCUGACAGCCCACGGUCUGGCGUAGGAUAGGUAUGGCACGGAGGAAGGCUACUGAGCCCUCCUGACGCUCCGUCCCUCAGAGGGCUGUGUGGGGGCAGCCUGUGCGCACGGCUGUCUGCUGGGCCUCUCUUUGUGACCCUGCUGUGCCAUUGCUGUGGUGGAGAGCUGCACUUGGCCUGGGCGGUGGUGAAUGAUGGAGGCUGUUACAUUUCCCUAACGUUCUAGUUACCUGACUUGGAUACAGCUGCCCUCUCUGCGUCAGCUCCCCCACAACAUUAAGAGUGAGACUCGGCUGGAGAGGCAGCGCUGCGGUCAGCGCUGCUCUCAGGAGUUCCCCCCCCACCUCCCUAACCUGUAAAUAUGCCUACUCUGAGCGUGACUUCUGCCAUCCCCUCCCAAACUGGACAUAGGGCUUUGCAGGGAAAGCUGUGCGAGCUCACCCAGGUUUCCUGGGCAGGCUGUUGGCUUGACCUCUCCGGUUUUAGCAGAAAGAGGGAUUUGGAUGCAUAGAAAGACAGCAUCAGGGAUCCCAGAGUUAGCAUGUGUGCAAUGGGACAGCGUUUCACAUACCACCUGCCACAGGGCACAAGGGCACCGUGGCCCAUCUCCGCUGCACGUACUGUGUGUGCUGUUAGCACACCAGACCUGGAACAAGCUUUUGCAGCACCAACAGUCUCUGAGAUCAAGAGGUGCCAGCACAUGAGAUGAGCAAACAGCCCUGGGGUUGUGUACCUACUUGGCAUGUUCAAGUGGGAGGCGGUUGUGAAACGGGUCUAGAUUGCUUCUCGCAGGUCGGGUACCAUGAGAGGACACUGGGGCAUUGCUGCCCCAAUGGGGUCUGUGUGGACCCCACCAUCAUCAUGAGCUCAGCCAGGGUGCGAGUCCUCACAGCAAGCUGUGGCUGCUGUGUGGUAUUAGGUGACAACUUUCAAAUCUUUCAUAAUGUCAAUACGAAAAAAGUAUCACAAUACCAUUGAGAACUGCAAUACCGUUCAGGCUUUUGGUCAAGGGGGCAGGGAGUUAUCCUAGAGGACCAGGGGAGUUGUGGCAGGGAGCAGAGGCGUAGCUGGGGCCAGGGCAGUGCAGAGUGGAGCACAAAGGCUGGUAUCAGGGAUCCAGCAGUAGUAUCAGCAAUUAAUAAUGUUGGUAUCCCAAUGCAUUUAGGGCUGUGAUAGUCCAGCAGCAUCAGAAUUUUCCGGCAGUGCUGCUCACUAGCAACAGACAGACAAGACACAGUUGUCUUCUUGAAGGUGCAAGCCGCUGUCCCCCAGCCAGGACGCCCAGCCUGACCUGAAAGCGUUUACAGCCCCAGCUUGUCCCCUCCCUCCCCCCACCUUCCCCCCAGUUUUAUAUGUUCCCUUAGUUUUUGUACAGGUAGUUCGAACACACACUGUCCCCCUCCCCGCCUGGCCCCUGUGUGUGCACGCGUGAGCUGAGUUGCUGUGCAAUUCCAAGCCUGGCUUGUUUUUAGGCAAAGGCGGAGGGGGUGUUUUGUAGCUCUGCCCGUGGAGGGCAGAGGUUCUGUGCAAUACCUGGUUCUGUGUUUCUUAGAUGCUGUUGUAGGACUGUAUUUUUGUAACUCUGUAAGGGAGCCAGCUCUACCAGGCUGAGGGCCUGGCAUGAACCUGUGUUCCCGUUGCUUUUCAACUUUGACUGUUUGGAUGUUGUUGUUUCUUGCCAUUGGAAUAAAAAGAUGGAUGUUUUCCUUCCCGUC